AUCAUGAAAUUCCACGUGGCAAAAAAGAAGUUUAAGGAGACGUUGCGUCCGUACGAUGUGAAGGACGUCAUAGAGCAAUACUCUGCCGGACACCUGGACAUGCUCUGUCGCAUCAAGAGCCUCCAGACUAGACUAGACACUGUAGUGGGGCCCCCUCCGAGGCCUUUCAGCAGCCGCGUCAAGACCUUGUCCUCUCCCUCCCUGCAUUUAUAUUACAGCCAGGCCCGGAGGAAACAGUCUGCACCGGGGGUGGAUCAGAUUCUGGGAAAAGGCCAGAUUCCCGUGGAUAAGAAGGUGCGGGACAAACUGAAUCCAGAUGGAGAGUCGCUGGAGGGCAUGAGCAUGCUGGGACGGGUGUGUAAGGUGGAGAGACAGGUGACUUCCAUUGAGUCAAAGCUGGACUCUUUGUUGGACGUUUACCGCCAGGUCCUCCAGAAAGGCCCCACAGCCCUCACUCUCUCCUCCCUGCCGCUGUUCGAGCUGGACAACCACCAGCACCUCAACUCCGACUACCAGACCUCCGUCAUCAGACCCUCUUCUCCCCAGGGGGGAAAUCUUGUUGGAGGCGGAGGAGAAAACCGUGGAGGAUUACGCCGUUCUCUCAGCGCCAACCCCAGAGGCCUGCGUCUCAUCCUGGCUCCUUCCGAUGACGACGGCCCCCCGGACUCAGCCCCUCCAUCCUACCCCCCGUCCACAGCCUCUCUCUCCCCGUCCCCCCUGCUGCCUCCUGAUAGCCCCUAUCCAACCUUGGUCACCCCCAAUGGUACCUCCAAAAGAGCACACUUCCCUGACCUGCCUCCUCCACCUCCAUCCUCGGGGGGCUUCACCCUCCGUCUGCCCCCCCUGCUGCAUCCCUCCCACCUCCGAUGCUCCACCGACCCCCUCCCAGAUGAAAUGACAGACGUGCUGCCGCUGGAUGAGGGCAGCCUGGGCCCAUCCGUGGUUCUGGGGUCCAGUGUGGAUGCUGAGCAGGAAGGGGAUGGUGGUGCGGGGGUGCAGUCACAGGAGGGGGUCUGGAGGAGGAACAUGAGCCUGGAGGUCAACCCCCUGCUGCUGCUCUCAUCGAGCCCAGACGAGAGGCCUUCAGACUGGGGAGGCUCCCUCUCUGUGCACAACCUCAGCCAGCCUUUGAGCAACCAUAACCCCGGUCUGUCUUCCGCGCUCAACAACAGCAACGGUAGCAGCAACGGUAGCAGACACGGUAACGCCCACGCUGACCUCAGCAACUGGGAUGGAACAGAACUCUUAAUUAGUGAGUGCAAGAUAGAGCCAGCUGAAGAACAUUUCAACUUCUUGUCCCAGGAACCGGACCCCUCAGACCUCUUACAGACUACGGAGGAGGAGGCUCCUCCCCCAGAGUUCCUCAGUCAGUCGCCACACAUACACCUGGCAUAACUAACCACACACACACACACACACACACACACACACACACACACACACACACACAC